GCGUGCUCGCGCGGAGGGGAGCAGCGCUGAAAUCCGCUUUUUGCCCGUUUUUCCCCUCUUUUCCCUAUUUUUCCCUUCCCCCGCCCCGCAGCUGGGGGUGGUUCUCGCCUCGCCGCCCUCUUUCCCUCCCUCCUGCGCGGGCUGCUCCCUCCCCGUGGGGCGCAGGGAGGCGAGCCCGCCCGCCCGGGAUGCCAUGGCUCCGCUGGGCUCCGCGCUACCCGCCUGCCUGCUGGGGCUGCUGCUGCUCGGCUGCUGCGGAGAGCUUGGCCAUUCCUCCGAGCUGGCGUUCGUUGUGGAGCCAAGCGAUGACAUAGCUGUGCAGGAGCAACCCUUGAUCCUCUACUGCCAGGUGGAGGGCAUCCAGCCCAUCACCAUCACGUGGCGGAAGAAUGGCGCGCUGAUCGUGGACAGUGAGAAUGCCUUCAUGUUGGCCAACGGGUCGCUCUACGUCUCCCGCUUCCAGAGGCUCCGGGGAGAUGGAUCCUCGGAUGAAGGCGAGUACGACUGCAUGGCACAAAACCACUAUGGGCUGGUGGUGAGCAGGAAGGCCAGGAUUCAGGCAGCGACAAUGUCCGACUUCCACAUCCACCCUCAGAACGCAGUGGUGGAGGAAGGUGGUGUAGCAAGAUUCCAGUGCCAGAUCCACGGCUUGCCAGAGCCAGUCAUCCUCUGGCAAAAGAACCGCGUGCCGGUCAACACAGACAAUGAAAGGUACACGCUGCUUCCCAAGGGAGUCCUCCAGAUUACGGGACUGAGGGCAGAAGACAGUGGGAUUUUUCACUGUGUUGCUACCAAUAUUGCUAAUGUGAAGUUCAGCCGGGAGGCCAGGCUCACCGUGUCAGGCUCCCACUCCACUGUUUACAAGGACCCCAUGAUACUUGUUGGCCCGGAGAACCUCACGCUGACGGUGCACCAGACCGCGGUGCUGGAGUGCAUCGCAACCGGGAACCCCCGGCCCAUCGUCUCCUGGAGCCGCCUAGACGGCCGCCCCAUUGGCGUGGAGGGGAUCCAGGUGCUGGGCACAGGAAAUCUGAUGAUCUCAGACCUCAGCGUGCAGCAUUCCGGCAUCUACGUGUGCGCUGCGAACAAACCCGGCACACGGGUGCGAAGGACCGCGCAGGGCAGCCUCGUUGUACAAGCCCCUGCAGAGUUCGUGCAGCAUCCCCAGUCCAUUUCCAGGCCUGUUGGGACUACUGCUAUCUUCACGUGCGUGGCCCAAGGGGAACCCCCACCCCAGAUCACUUGGCUGAGGAACGGGCAGAUCCUGGAGACCAGCGACCACAUUAAGCUGAAGAACAACAACAGCACCCUCUCCAUCUAUGGGAUCAACCAGGCGGAUGAAGCCAUCUACCAGUGCAUCGCCGAGAACAGCGCCGGCUCCACGCAAGCCAGCGCUCGCCUCACGGUCCUGUGGGCAGAUGGGCUGCCCGGUCCUCCACAGAGCGUGAAGGCUGAGACGGUCUCUGCAACCACCAUCCAGGUGUCCUGGACAGAACCUCUGCAGAACACCAAGGAGAUCAUCGGCUACGUGCUGCACAUUCGCAAAGCUGCAGAUCCUGUAGAGAUGGAGUAUCAGGAGGCCGUUAGCAAGAGCACCUUCCAGCAGCUAGUGACUGAUUUAGAGCCCUCGACCAGCUAUAGCUUUUAUAUAAAGGCUUACACCUCCCGAGGUGCCAGCAAAGCCUCAGAAGUCACAGUGGUGAGCACGCUGGGAGAAGUCCCAGCCAUGCCAUCCCUCUUUAUUAAAGUCAUUAACAGCACAGCCAUCCAGGCGACGUGGGAGCCCUCCAUCAAGCUGGGCCAGCAUGAAGGCUUCAAGUUGUAUUACCGCAAGGUCCACCUCUCCCAGUACACAGGUCCAGUGCUGCUGCCCAGCAACGUAACAGCAUACAACAUUACCCACCUGGAUGCCUCAGUGGUGUAUGAAGUCAAGCUCCUUGCCUAUAACCAGCACGGGGAUGGAAAUUCAACUGUCCGCUUUGUGUCCUUGAGGGAAACUGUGGAGAGGACAGUGCUGAAUCCCCCGUGUGACUGCAUGAAGGACGAGCAGAACAAUAAAACCUCCACAACAGGCAUCAUCAUUGGGAUCCACAUCGGCGUCACCUGCAUCAUAUUCUGCAUCCUCUUCCUUAUGUUUGGGUACAGAGGAAGGCUGCUGAUGUGCAAAAACGUGCAGGAGCAGCUGUCAACACCACAGAUCCCCAGGAGCCAGCGGAGCGCCACGGGCCUUGUCCUGAACGGGGCUGCUCGCAGGGACAGGGACGACCGGGACUUGAAUGGAAAGCAGCUGGAUAUGAACGAGCUGGAGAGGUUAUUCCCAGCAUCCCUAUCCCAGGAGCAGCAGGAUAAGGGAAUAACGUCGGCUCCACCAGCCCCCCAUGAUGAAACCCAGAUAACCACACUCCCUCUGGAUGAGUUCAGCGUCAUCGAGGAGCAGCCAGACCCCGUGGGCAAUCCUGCUGCUCCAGCUCCCGACCACGGUCCUGCCAAUGAAGGAUAAAACUGCCAAGACUCAAACCCUCUUGUAGGAGUUACCAGAAACCAAACCCGCGGCUGGUGAUGUCUUUACAACGAGUUGUCAAUCUCAGGUCAAUUGAAGAUUUCUACGGUCUGAUUGUUAUUUUUUUGUUUUGCUUUAUUUUUAUAUAUAUAUAUAAAUAUAUAUAUAUGUAUCCAGCCUUUUGGAAACUCUGUGAAGUUUAUCUUUCUGACCUCCCUCGGGCCUCUCGGUGUGUUUCUUCCGAUGAUGGCUUUAUUGAGACUGGUCACGAUGGAUUUUCCCUGCAGCUGCUAAGUAAAAGACUCCUUGGCAGAGUUUGGCAAACUCUCCCGUCUCUGACAGACUGGGGAUAUGGUGGAGCCUCCUCCUCUUGGCAUCUCAGACGUUUUCCUGAUCAGCAGCUUUAGGAUUGCUUUUUGGAUCUAUUUUUUAUUUCCAGAAGACUGGAUUUGGAGAAAUCCUUCUGACUUGACUCCAAAAAUCAAGGCCCAGGAAGGGUGUCUCUCCAUGGAUUUGAUGAUUUUGUACACUUUCUCUAUUUCUCAGGAUACUUUUUUUGCUGAUUGACUCUAAAUAAUAUGAAAAAAAAAGGAAAAAAAAAAGAGUGUGUGUGUCAAAGGAUGCCUGCCUGAGGGCUACUGAAAGACUUGGACAGACAACCCGAGUGGACUCAGAACCUACCUCAACCGGAAUGAAUGUCUUCUGGGAAGCAGAGAUACCUGCGUCUUCCUUCGUGUUCAGAAAACAAGUAGUGUAGCACUUGGUCAGUACAAGCUUGGUCCUACCUCAGCAGUCACGCUCUGUACCCGCUGCCUCGGUGGUGGUCUUGUCGUUGUUCCCAUGUAAAGCACUUCCAAACCUUUGAAAGCAAUGUUCUACCUCAAGCGUGAUAGAAACUCGUGUGUGUGUGUGUGUAUGUGUGUAUCCUCUCCUGUCCCCCAAUUCCUGCCUCUCCCACCCAGCCCCACACGAAGCAAGAUGCUUCAUUAGUGUUAUGAGCUUUACUUUUAGGGCAUGUAGCGGGGCUCUGGUGUGAUUUUGUGUGGUGGAGAUUUGUAUCAUGGUUUUUUUACUUUAAAGAUUGUUGGGGCCAUCACAGACAUGUGGCUUGAUGCCCCCUGGUUCACCAGCACCAUUGCUUUGCAGGGCUGAUUUGGGUGCUGGUGGUGGCUGCCUCAAUCCACCCUGGGUGUAUUUGGGAUGGAGCAGGGCGUGCAGGGUGCUCAGAUGCCAGCACUAAGGCCAGGGCACCCUCCUGGCCUGUCAGCAUGCUGCCCUCCAAGGCUGAUUCCCAGCAGGAUGAUUUAUGGCAUGUGCCAGCACAAGCAGCAUAAGACACCCUUGGGAGGUGUGAACCUGGAAGUCACCAUCUUACCCCUUAAAAGCCCACCCUACCAUCAGGAGCAUCUAUAAGGAAAUCGAUACAGCACUUCCAAACCCCUUUGAGAUGCUACUGAGCUGCUCCCAGCUCCUCCAGCGUAUUUCCAGCUAGCAGGAGAUCAUCCAGAGGAUGCAUAGAGCUGAAAAUGGCUCAUUUCCCUGGGAGGGAUGAGGCCAGGAGGGAUUCCAGAUGCUGAGGGCUGCUGGCAGCUGCCCCUUCGCCAUGCCAAGGGUGGGCAGAGGAGCUCCCAACACCAAAGAGAGGGUUUGUGCGUGACCCCAAACCACCUCCAGGGACCAACCACCAACCGGCCUCCGUGGUUUUUGGGUUGUCCUGGCGUGGUGCAGCCUUGUGAGUCUGGUGUCAUCCAUGGGGUGUGAUGGGGGCAUGCACAGGGCACAGGGACCUCGGGCAGCCCUUUCCCCACUGCGUGCGUUGGUUAAAACCGGGCGAAUGUGAAGGUUUGAACUCUUUGUAUAGGUGGUGGCAAAUCAAAUGUCACCCUAUUUGCAAGGACAAGUGAAAGGAAUCAGGAAAGAAAAUGAGUUUAAGUUUAAAGAAAAGUAAUAAUUGUAUUUUUUUAAAUGGUACCUGUGGGAGAGUCCCUUGUGUCAGAAACAUCCCCCAUCUCCUUCCCAUUUGGCAAUGGGGUGCUACUGAUAACUGUGUAAAUAAUACAAUACACAGGACCACAAGGCAAACAUCUUCCCCUGUGCUGUGUCCUGGUGCUGGGCUGGGUUAGCUGUGAGCAGGAUUGUGUCCUUCCAGAUCAAAUCACCCAGCUUGGCCCACGCAGAUGUUAAUGGCAUUGACCUUGAGAGCAAGGAACACUUGAAGCUUGGUGUUUGUAGCCCUCUGCCGUUAAAAUUCCUCCUCCUGUAGACAUCAUGCAGGUCAGAAGAAAUGUGAAGGGUUAAAUUUAUGCAUUAAGCCCCCACAUCAUAGCCUCUCCCCACCCCACCAAAGAGGUGAAACGGGACAUUAGACCGAUUCCUGCUCACCCCUACUGUGGGGAGAUGCUCCUUUUUGCAUGAUGCUGGACCUGGAGGUGCGGUGGGAAAGGGACCACAGGGGGACAGCACUGGUUGCACCAUGCGAGACCAAUAGCACAGCCCAUCCCAUGGUGGGAACUGGAGGAUGACGGGACUUGGAAAGGGCAGAAGGGAGGAGGAGAUACCAAACAGCUUGAGUUAUAACCUCAUAUCAAAGAAAACCCAAUCUCCUCCUGCCAUCCCACUCCAGCCCAGCUUUUCUUUAUGUUGUUUUAUUUUGUGUGUGUAUCGCCGACGUUCACGUUGAAUAAGUCCUGUUGCCAAAGUGAACACAGAAUUUAGACUAGCUUUCAGCUCAGACUUCCUGGAGCUGUGAACAUGCUAUUAAUUUAAUAUCAUAUUAUUGUGAUAUUGUAAUAGUAACAAGUAUUUGUCACUACUUCCUUUUAUUAAAGGGAAAUGCUGUGCCAUUUGACUAGUUGAAAGACAAUAGUAUGUCAAGAA